CCCCCUCAUCCUCUUGGAGCAAGGAGGGGAAGCUGCAAAGCACGGAAUGGAGGUCACCCCACAAGUGGCUUUACAGCAGAGCGCAACCUCUCCUCUCCGCGUGUCCCCCUCCAACCUUUCCUGCUUUAACCCCCCCUUUGCUCAGCAGGCAGAUGAGCCAUGUCAGGCAACAAAGUCUCCAAGCAGAAGUCCUGCCAGCACUGCAAGGACAGGUCAGCGUCAGCUCCACACGACACCUCCACCAUCCACUACGAGAAGUUCUGGCUGUACCGGCACUGCUCCUCGGUGCAGCAGCGGGACAGGCAAGCCCAGAAAGCAGGGCAGCUCUUCUCAGGGCUGCUGGCCAUGAACGUGGUGUUCCUGGGCAGUGCCUUUGUCAGCAGUAUGAUCUUCAACCACGUGGCCAUCACCCUGGCGGAUGUCUGGAUCCUGCUCUCCAUCCUCAAGGUCUUGUGCCUGUGCUGGAUUAUCUACUAUCUGCUGGGUACCAGCCGGCAGCCCCAUGCGGUGCUGUACCGGGAUUCCCAUGCGGGGCCCAUGUGGAUUAGGGGGUCAGUGCUGCUCUUCGGCAUUUUCAGCAUCCUCCUGAACACAUUUCAUAUCGGCUACAGCGCGGUCCUCAUCCAGUGCAAAUCCAGGGUGGAAAUCGUGUUCCCCAGCAUUGAAAUCCUUUUUAUUUGCACCCAGGCUUUUUUCCUGUGGCAUCACUCCAAGGACUGCAUUCAGGUGCAGCACAACUUCACCAGGUGCGGGCUGAUGCUGACCAUAGCCACCAACCUCCUCCUCUGGCUCCUGGCCGUGACCAACGACACCAUUCACAUGGAGAUCGAGUCUCAGCUGCGAGAGGUGGAGCAGCGAUUUGCAGGCAACGAGACUGUCUCAUGCACAUGCCCAAACACAACCAUCUGCAAAGUCUUCCAGAAGGGCUACAUCCUGCUCUACCCCUUCAACACCGAGUUCUGCCUCGUGUGCUGCUCCGUGCUGUACGUCAUGUGGAAGAACGUGGGGAGACGCAUCAGCCACCACCACGUCCCUCACAUCAAGCACAAGUUCAAGCUGCAGGGGGUGGUCUUUGGACCACUGCUGGGUGCCAUUGCUGUGAUCAUUGGGAUCUGUGUCUUCAUGAUGUACCAGAUCCAGGCCACCAGCUCAGUCCCGGACCGCCAGGUCUUUGUGAUGUUUUAUUCAUACUACGUUGUACUCCUGCCCCUGAUGAGCGUGGGUGCAGUGGUUGGGACGAUCAUCCAUGCCUUGGAAAAGAAGGAGCUGGACACAGUGAAGAACCCAACUCGCAGCCUGGAUGUGAUCCUGCUGAUGGGGGCAGCCCUCGGGCAGAUCGGCAUGUCCUACUUCUCCAUUGUUGCCCUUGUAGCCACCGACCCCAGGGAGCUGCUCAACAGCCUCAUCCUGUCCUAUUCUGUCCUCCUCAUCCUUCAGACCAUCACCCAAAACAUCUUCAUCAUUGACGGGCUUCACCGGCAGCCCUUAGUGGCAAUAACCGAGGCCAGACGCACAGGACACGCCAGGCACCAUGCAGCAGCUUCGGAGCUACGUGAGGAAGAGGAAACCACAACAGGCAGCAGACAGGGGCACACACACUCCGGCAAAGAGGAAGAAACAAAAGAAGAGCAGAUCCAUGAAGCCUGUGACCAGAGGCGACUGAGCAUGCUGGAGCUGGGACAGGAGAUCCGCAGAGCCUCCCUGUCCUAUAUCCACAGCUACUCUCACCUGAGCUGGAAGAGGAGAGCACUGAGAGAGAUCUCAUUCUUCUUGGUUUUGUGCAACAUCAUACUCUGGGUCAUUCCCACAUUUGGAGCUCACCCCGUCUUCGAGAACGGGCUGGAAAAGUCCUUUUACGGCUACUCCACCUGGUUUGCCAUCGUGAACUUCGGCCUCCCCCUGGGGGUGUUCUACCGAAUGCACUCCGUGGGGGGACUCCUGGAGGUCUAUGUCACGGCCUGACCCACGCCGACUGCCACCAAGGGGCUGGGCUGAACUGGUGAACAAAGGUGCAGGAAGCAGCGGAGGUGCACAUGGAAGCUGUGAGGGUUUUUCUCUCCAGCUUCUGCUUUGACUUCUCCUUGCGCAACCCCUCUGAGGUUCAGCAGAAGAGGAGGUUGGUUUUGUUACUGGUUUUAUCAUAGACUCAAAAGCCCCAAAACAAACUCUCUUGCUGCUCUAAGGAAGCCUGGCUGCUGGGACUUUAGUCUGCCAGUGGAUGCUGCAUGGCAGCAAGUAGGGCUUGACCAGCUCCUACUGAAAUCUUCCAGAACACAAAAGCAGCCUUCAACCAAAGCAACAAAGACUCACCCACACUCCAUAGACCUUUAAAUACCCACAGUCAAGCCCCACCAGCCCCAGAACUGCUCAGCAACCUGCCAUCCUGCAGCACAGGAGAGACAUGUCACCACCAGCCCCACUAGAAGCAGAUACAGCCACAGCCACUCAGAAAUGACCCAAACACACUUUGUGUGUCAUAUUCAAAAAGCAGCUGGUAGCUGCUUUAAUGGUCACAACAGGGACUGUUUGUUUGCUCUUGGUGCUGGCAACCACAUCAACUUGUGCAAGCCCUGUAGGAUC